AUGGAACCAAUAAUAAAUGAAAAAAAAGAAUUAAAUUUUUUAGAAAAAGAUAUUAUUGAAGCAGUAAAUAAAUAUCCAACACCAUUUCAUAUUUAUAAUGGUGAUAAAAUUAAAGAGAAUGGUGAAUUAUUAAUGAAUAGUUUUAAAAAAUAUUUCCCAAAUUAUAGAAAUUAUUUUGCAGUAAAAGCAACACCAAAUCCAUCAAUUUUAAAACUAUUAAAAGAAAUUGGUAUGGGUGUUGAUUGUUCUUCAUUAGCUGAAUUAAUAUUAUCUGAAAAAGUUGGAUUUAAAAAUGAAGAAAUUAUGUUUACAUCAAAUAAUACAAAAUCAGAAGAAUAUAAAAAAGCAUAUGAAUUAGGAUCAAUUAUAAAUUUAGAUGAUUAUACACAAAUUGAAUAUCUUUAUGAAAGUUUAGGAGGAGUAAUGCCAGAAUUGAUUAGUUUUAGAUAUAAUCCUGGACCAUUAAAAAAAGGUAAUGAUAUUAUUGGUAAUCCAAAGGAUGCAAAAUUUGGAUUAACAAGUGAUGAUUUAGAGAAAGCCUAUAAUAAAGCCAAAGAAUUGGGUGUUAAAAGAUUUGGACUUCAUUGUAUGGUAGCAUCAAAUGAAUUGGAUUUAGAUUAUUUUGAAGAGACUGCACGUUUAUUAUUUUCAACCAUUUCAAAACUAACAAAAUCAUGUGGAAUUACAUUUGAAAUGGUUAAUUUAGGUGGUGGUAUUGGUAUACCCUAUCGUCCUAAUCAAAUUGCAGUUGAUUAUUUAAAAUUAACUGAAAAAAUUUCAAAUGCCUAUAAGGAAUUAAUUGUAGAGGAAGAAGGAUUACCAAAAUUAAAUGUUGUAACUGAAUGUGGUAGAGUUAUAACUGGACCCUAUGGUGUAUUGGUUACAAAAGCAAUUCAUUCAAAAUCAACCUAUAAAGAAUACAUUGGUGUUGAUGCAUGUAUGGUUAAUUUAAUGCGUCCUGGUAUGUAUGGUGCUUAUCAUCAUAUCACAGUUUUAAAUCCAACUGAUCCAAAUUCAACUGAAACCUAUGAUGUUGUUGGUUCACUUUGUGAAAAUAAUGAUAAAUUUUGUAUCGAUCGUUCAUUACCAAAAAUUCAUCGUGGAGAUACUUUAGUAAUUCAUGAUACUGGUGCUCAUGGUCAUAGUAUGGGUUUCAAUUAUAAUGGUAAAUUAAGAUCUGCUGAAUAUCUCUUAUUAAAUAAUUCAAUUAAUUGUAUUCGUAGAGCUGAAACUUUUGAUGAUUUAUUUUCAACUUUAAAUUUUUAA